AUGUCGAUGCCUGUAAAGCUUGAGGAGGAGGAGUCCACCGUCGCUUCGGAGCUGGAGCAUACCAACUGCAGCAGCACUCUGGAGCACACGGGCGACACGCGCGGCUUGAAGAAGGCUGCAUCCUACCUCUCUCAAUGCACGACACUGUCUGCUGGCCUGAGCCAUGUGAGUCACGAGAAUCUGAGCGUGGCAAGCGAAUCACAGGUGUCAGCUCCGGAAUUCUCGGCCAUCAAGCCGGAUGUUGAGAACGCUUUGGGGGUGGAGCCCCCAGAAGUGAUCAGCAUCUGGACGUGGCGUUCCAUUGGCAUCGUGGCGAAUGGAUUCCUUCUUGCUUUCAUGAACGCCACAUGCACUGGGGUUGCAUACGGUUUCUUCCUUGGCUACAUGGGUUUGGAUUCCUAUGUUAUGUCGUCCAUCACAGCACUCAUGAAGCUUCCAGACGUGCUGCUUCUACCGUUCGGUGUGAUGACCGACUGCCUCCCCAUUCGUGGCCAACACAGGAAGCCUUGGUUGCUGGUGGCCUGGUCCAUUGCAGGCAUUGCGCUCCUCGCCAUGAGUUUGAAGCCACAGCCCGCCCCAUUCUACUGCCAAGACGCGAAUGGUGAUUACGACUGGUACGUGCCGCCGUGCAAUCCUGACAUUCACAAGGAGAAGAACUGGUACGUUUUCCCGCUGUUCAUGCUGACCGCAGGUGUGCAGCUGGGGAGCGUGGCUGGUGAAGGCCUGCUGUUGGAAUACUCCCAGCGUGAGCCUGUCGAACGCCGUGGGCACAUCAAGUCGGAGAUGACGAUGGCAUGCACGGCGGGAGCUUUGACGUCGUCUUUGUUCCUUGGCAUCUUCAUGAAUGGCAAGGCAUAUUUGGGAACAUUCGACUGGGGGUUGUCCUUCAGCGGCCUGAUGAGCGUUUGCUUGGUCUUGGUCAUCUUCAUCAUCCCAAUUACCGUGCUUUGCGUCCAUGAGCCCCCGAAGUCUGGGCAGCGCACCUCGUGCCGUGCCCAUGUAAAGUCUUCCUGGGAGCUCGUUCAGAAGAAGGCUCUUUCGAGCCUUCUCUUUUUCGCUUUCUUCGUCCAGUUUCUUGUCUCCCAGACGACGACCGCCGGACCAAUGGUUCGGAGCCAGUGGGCACACGUGAAAGUCCUGCAGCAGCAGAUGUUUAGCAUGGCUGGGUUGGCCGUCAUGAUGGCAGCAACCUGGAUGUACAAGAUGUUCUUCCUGCAAGUCAGCUGGAGAAAGGCCAUCUGCAUCGCCAUCGUCACUGUCACCGUGUCCGACGCAAUCCCAACCUUCCUCACGACCUUUGGCGUGGUGCGGAGCCAGUACUUCUACCUCGGCGAGGACGUCGUUGGAAGCAUUCCCAUGGCCGUGUUGCAGUUGGUCUCGAAUCUGAUGAUCAUUGAGCUGGCGGAGACGGGCCGCGAAGGACUCUGCUAUGGAUUGAUCGGCACACUUCAACACUCCGCCAUACCGUUUGCCACCGUCGUCAGCAAUCAGAUCUACGGGCUCUUCAACCCCAAGUUGUCCAACCUCGAGAACUACGUCAUGGACACCCCCGCGUUCCGGUCGACCGUUGCGUGGUCCUAUGUGCUGACGUACUCGACCUCCUUCAUCGCGUUGGGCUUUCUUCCCCUGAUCCCCUGGCAGAAGGCGGAGGCCCACAGGCGGAAGAAGGAGUGGAGCUCCAACUCCCUCAUGGCAGCCAUGGUUCUGGCGAUCCCAGCCGCCUGCUUGAUCUACGGAAUCAUUGUCUUGAUGCUCACAAGCCAGCCCGAGACGGCUUGCCUUCGAUGGGUGGGUGGCCAGGGCUGCGAAAAUCUCAGCUGA